CAACGGGAGAGGCCACAACAGUGAGAGGCCCGCGUACCGCAAAAAAAAAAAAUCACCCCAGAAUCCAACUGGCCAAUGGAAAGCGUGGAAGGCGAAAGAUGGGCAAGGCUGUGUGGUUUCCUUGGAUACCGAGGACGCUACUUCUUUGGAGCGGGUGGAGCUUUGGUGUGAUACGAGGAAGCCAAAACUCACAGAGAAAAAUAGGAGCCUAAGAAAUUGCGCUUUUAAAGAAUUGUGAAAAAUGGAAGACAGUACCACAGACACAGAACAAGAAGAGGAAGAGGAGAAAGGUGAAAAGGAUCAAGAAGACCCCAUUUAUGCUGUAGCACCCACGAUUAACAUCCGAGAUGAGCGAUUCGUUGAUGUAUCUACAACUCCAGCUUUCAUCUCUCUGCAUGAGUUACAUGCUAUGGGGAAACUUCCUGGAACCAGGAUGGCAGAGUUAAAAGCCAAGUACACCUUGCUGCAUGAUACCGUGGUAAGCAUGCAAGAGUCAGAGGUGCAACUGCUACAGGAAGCCAAACAUUUCACCGAGCAAAUACAACAGCAGGAGUUUCACCUGGAGCAGGCUGAUAAUUUUCCACAGGCAUUCACCACCGAGGUCUCCAAAAUGAGAGAACAACUUCUCAAGUAUCAAAAUGAAUACAGUGCAGUGAAGGAAAGAGAGUUCCAUAAUCAGUACAGGUUGAAUAGCUUAAUGGAAGAGAAAAGCCUCAUAAUAAAGGAAUUUGAGAAGAUACCUAAGCCAGGAGAAAUGGAGAAGAAGAUGAGAAUAUUGAGAGAAAGCACUGAAGAAUUACGUAAAGAAGUAAUGCAGAAGAAAGUAGAAAUUAAAAAUUUACGGGAAGAUUCGACAUCCAAGCAAAAGCAAUUACUAAAGGAACAGAAGGAACUAGAAGAAUUGUUCGAAUAUCAGGUCACCUUAAAGGAUGAAGUGGUCCACCAUCAAUCCAUUCCUGUACAAAUUGGAAAAGAGAUAGAAAAAACAACGCGCAAAAAAGUAGAAAUGGAAAAGAAAAAACUUGUCGUGGAAUAUGAACUCAAAGAGCUAAAUGACUCCCUAAAGAAAGUUGAAACCAAAAUUAAUGCUGUAAUAGAAGAAAAGGAGGACAUAAUAAAGGAAGUUGAAGGCAAACGAGCCUUGCUUGAAAUUAAAGAACGAGAGUAUAACCAAUUGGUCAAGCUACUGGAAUUAACCAGAGAGAAUGAAGCAACUUCACUAACUGAAAGAGGGAUCUUGGAUCUCAAUUUACGAAACUGUCUCACUGACAAGCAAAACUACCAUGAUGAACUUUCUCGUAAGCAGAGAGAGAAAGAGCGAGAUUUUCGAAAUUUAAAAAAAAUGGAGCUACUCUUGAAAGUGUCCUGGGAUGCACUCACUCAAACUCAAGCACUGCAUCAAAGGCUUCUGUUAGAGAUUGAAGCUAUCCCUAAAGAUGAUUCUACAUUAAUUGAGAGAAGGCGAGAGCUCCAUAAGGAAGUUGAAGUGGCUAAGAGGAAUUUCACCCAGCAGAAAAUCCUAUCAGAAGCUGAGUCUAAGUUAGUAGAACAGCAACUUGCUGAAGAAAACAAGCUUUUAAAGGAGCAAGAAAACAUGCGAGAGCUGGUAUUCAACCUUGUCCGUAUGACUCAAAUCAAAAUUGAUGAGAAAGAGCAAAAAUCCAAGGAUUUCCUGAAAGCUCAGCAAAAAUAUACCAACAUUGUUAGGGAGAUCAAAGCAAAGGAUCUUGAAAUCCAGAUACACAGGAAGAAAACACGAGAAAUUCAUCGGAGACUCAGAGAGUUUGCUAAACUGUAUGACACUAUUCGAAAUGAAAGAAACAAAUUCAUUAACUUACUUCACAAAGCUCACCAGAAAGUCAAUGAAAUAAAAGAAAGGCAUAAAAUGUCAUUAAAUGAACUGGAAAUUUUAAGAAAUAGUGCAGUUACUCAAGAAAGAAAGCUGCAAAAUUCUAUGCUGAAGCAUGCCAACAACAUUACCAUCAGAGAAAGCAUGCAAAACGAUGUGUGCAAAAUGGUAGCAAAACUUCAGGAAAUGAAAGAGAAGAAGGAAGCCCAGUUAAAUAACACUGACAGACUUGCCAACAUGAUCACAAUGAUUGAAGAGGAGAUGGUGCAGCUUCGCAAAAAAUAUGAAAAAGCCGUUCAGCGUCGAAAUGAAAGUGGUGUUCAGCUGAUAGAGCGGGAAGAGGAAGUGUGCAUUUUUUAUGAAAAAAUCAAUAUCCAAGAGAAGAUGAAGCUAAAUGGAGAAAUUGAAAUACACGUCCUGGAAGAAAAGAUCCAAUUCCUGAAACUGAAGAUUGCGGAGAAGCAAAGACAGAUUCACGUGACCCGGAAAUUGCUGCCAGCCAAGAGGGCUCUGGAUGCUGAUUUAGCAGUGCUCCAGAUUCAGUUUUCACAGUGUACAGACAGAAUAAAAGACCUGGAGAAACAGUUUAUAAAUCCUGAGGGUGAGAAGAGAACACGCUUCCUUCCAGGGAAAGAUAUGACCGAAGAAGAAAUGAUCAAAAAAAUGGAUGCGCUGGAACUACAGCUGGCCAAGAAGGAGGAGAAGUUGCUGGAGAAGGAUUUCAUCUAUGAACAGGUCUCCCGGCUCACGGACAGGCUCUGCAGCAAAACGCAGGCCUGCAAGCAGGACACACUGCUCUUAGCCAAGAAGAUGAAUGGCUACCAGAAAAAGAUCAAAGAUGCUACUGAAAAAAUGAUGGCUCUUGUUGCUGAGCUGUCCAUGAAACAAGCUAUGGCCAUUGAACUCCAAAAGGAAGUCAAGGAGAAAGAAGACUUCAUCCUCACUUGCAAUUCCAGGAUGGAAAAGGGUCUGCCCCUCAAUAAAGAGAUUGAGAGAGAAUGGUUGAAAGUACUCCGAGAUGAAGAAAUGUAUGCCUUGGCCAUCGCUGAAAAGUCUCGGGAGUUCUUGGAAGCAGAAAAUCGCCAGCUGCCCAGUGGUGUUUACACAACCGCGGCUCAGCGUCCAAACGCCUACAUCCCAGAGGCAGAGUCCACUCUUCCUCUGCCAAAACCGUACGGCGCUUUGGCUCCUUUUAAGCCCAGUGAACCUGGGGCCAAUAUAAGGCACAUAAGGAAACCUGUUAUAAAGCCAAUUGAAAUCUGAACAUGUGAAGCAACCCAGGCUUCUCAAGGAGGCACUUCAACCAGGCUUCUUCACAUCCACAGCUGGAAAACGUCAGCGUAAGAGCUCUAAAUUACAGACAGAGUAUCCACAACAUAUGCUUCCUUCCUAUCACACUCACCAAUUUCUUUCUUUUUCACUUUAUCUUUUGAUUACAUUUCAGAAAUAUAUAGUAGACUGGGUGCUAUAAAAAUGCAAUAAAAAUAAAUACUUUUUCAGCGAA